UCACACAAAUAUUACACUACACACCGGCCUGGUCCAAAGUCUCCUCUCCCCAUCCCGGAAGCAGCUAAACAAAAAUCAAAUCCCUCCCCGUCACCCCCCAAUGGCUCCUAUGUUACAGCCUUUUCUGUUGAUGUGACCGGCAAAAGUACUCACGUUUAAAUAUCCCGGAAGAAUUUCGAAUCGAACCAUAUCGAGAAAAGGGAAGACAAAGAAAAGUUCUACAUAAUUCUUGUUUUUCUGUUCCAUGGCUGUUGUGAUUAGAUUGUGUGGGGGUUUAUUGGAUUUCUCUUCGUCAUCAUUCUUAACCUCAUUUCCGUCGAGUUGUUCCCAGCCAAUUCUUGCACCACCCCACCGGAGAUUUUGUAAAAGGGUCAUCUCGUCUUCAGUGUCUUCGCCACCUACUGAAGAGUUUGUUCCGCAAAUUGGCUUCAAACCUCGGAGGCGAUUGACAUCUUUUAAGGUACAGGCUGCUGUUACCGAAACAGAGAAGCCAAAGUGGUGGGAAAAAAAUGCAGGACCAAAUAUGAUUGACAUACAUUCGACACAAGAGUUCUUGAAUGCUUUAAGUCAGGCUGGAGAUAAGCUAGUCAUUGUUGAAUUUUAUGGAACAUGGUGCGCGUCCUGCCGAGCACUAUUUCCCAAGCUCUGCAGGACUGCUGAGGAACAUCCUGAUAUUUUGUUCCUUAAAGUCAAUUUCGAUGAAAAUAAGCCCAUGUGCAAGAAUCUGAACGUUAAAGUUCUCCCGUAUUUCCACUUCUAUCGUGGAGCUGAUGGACAGCUGGAAUCCUUCUCUUGUUCCCUUGCCAAAUUUCAGAAAAUAAAGGAUGCCAUCCAACUACAUAACACAGCUCGCUGCAGCAUUGGCCCUCCUACAGGCGUGGGAGACGUCAAUCUUGAAAGCCUUUCUGCAGCAAAGGACAAAGUCGCUGGAUCUUCAUCAUAGGACCACAUUUUUUAAUAAGUGUUAAAUAUUUGUCAGUAGCUAUCCGAUUAUCUAUGUAUAUUGCUUAAAGAAUGGUAAACUGCAGUAUUCAAGCUGCAUUUCUUGUCACUGCAAUUCUUGGCACAAUGUAAUGAGACGCUUUCCUGAAUUCAAUAGAAAGGUACCUUAUUUCAUGGCA